AUGAACAAGACAAACUCAGAUGAAACGGGUACGACAAUGAAUAGUUUUAAACUCAGUGAUGAUCCAGGACCCUGCUAUCAAGCUCACAAGACGAUUCCUGAAGAGAAGAGAGUUUAUCCACAUCCGAACUUACCAGUUUAUUACAAUUCGGAUGAUGUCAGAAAAGUGGUCAAUGUGAAAUAUAAAGGACAAUCAGUUCAUCCGAUUGUUUUGGCAAGAGAAUUAACUUUCAAUACGUCAAAUGAAAGGCUCGAUGAAGACGAAAUCAAAGAAUUGAGGAAUCAUUUGAAACACCAUUAUCAAAAUUUCAGACCACAUCAAAUUUUCGGUCCAGCCAAAGUUUCCCAUAUAAUUUCAGAUCCAAAUGCGAUUUCAAAUCCGGCUAUGAAUCCAACUGAAAUUGACGCAAUCCCAUUGCAAGAUAUAGAGCUGGCCAAGAUUAAACAAACCCCAGAAUUGAUGCCAAAUAAUCAUCAAGAUUAUGAUGGAUUUGAUUAUAUCUCUUACGACUGGUUACAAGGAUCUACCGCACACAUUCAUACGGAUGAUGAACGAAGUCAAAUGAUAUUGACCGAUCUACAUUUUCCUGAAGCUUCUGCAUCUACUUCUUUGAAUGCUUCUCAAAAAGAAACUACUGAAGAUGUUUUACCUUUCAAUCACGAUCCAUCGAGAGGGGUAAUUCCCCAACUAGUCCCUCAAAACCUUCGAGUAUCUGGGUAUAAUCAAAGUGUGACAACCGGGCCCAUUAAUGCCGAUCUCAUCGACGCCAUCCAACGCGUCGUCUUAAAGAUCAAAGAGACUUUACCAACGCCAUCCCUUUAUUCUUCGAUGGCAGUUGUCAUUUUACCAGCUCAUAACAAGCCUGGAAUGGAUGAUUUUAAAAGCUCUAGGAAGCUUUCAGAUCAAUCAGUUCUUCCUCCAUCAGCUGCCUUCCAUGUUUUUCAUGGUCCCAUUGGCUGUUUAAGGAUUGAAGGUUUAACAUCUGGUUCAUUACCCGAUUUGAUCUCUUAUUUCAAUUCACCUGAAAGACCACCAAUUGGUAUACAGGCGAGAUUGAUGGGUGUUCGUUUUGUUAUCAUUACUACAGUUCCACAUGAAAGGUAA